AUGUCGCUGAAAUCGUCAAUAUUCAGUACCAAUAAUCUCAAUGCCCUGUCAAGACCGUACGGGAAGAAACCUUCACUGCUGAGACCAUCUAGUCCUUAUAUCAAUAAUGCCAGCAAAAACACUAUUUCUAACCACCACGAACACGUCCACGACCUCGGCGACUACCAACAACAACAACAACAACAAUCAAAAACUACCAUGCCAAAUGCCAAUGGGAAAGCAAAAAUAUCGAGUAAGUCCACACCCAAUAUAUCCAACGGCAAGGAUUCAACUGCAUGGGACUUUCAGGAAAUAAUAGACAACUACGAGCACACGUACAGCUUACCACCAAUAUUAUCUCCAAAACUUCCGAGUUUCUUCGAAAGUAAUGAAACUUCAUUUCCCGUAGGUACUCCCGAUGAUACUAAUAGGAGUAUCAAGAGAUUAAAAACCGAUAACAAGAAUAACAGCUACAUAGAUCUAUCUAAAAAGCCUCAAAGCUCAAAUGCUAUGUCAAAAAAAUCACAGCCCUACACAAAUGACGAAGAUCAAGAAAUGAGUCUGAAAGAAGAUUUGAAAAUGGAACGUCUGAAAUCAAACAAUAGAGCCAGUCUGCAAAUUGAAGCUGGAACUGCUAAUCUUCAAGACGAAGAAUUACCUUUGUCAAUGUUGUCACCUACUUUACCAGCGAUUUUUAAUAAUCUGAAUAGCCUGGAGCCAGCGUCACCUAGACCAACAACAACAACAACAACAACAACAACAACAGCAUCGAAAACAAGACCAACAAAACUAGCUACUACUAAGAAUAGUAACAGUUAUAGUGAACGACAAAUGAGAGAAGUAGUACAGAACAAUGAAAAUCACAAGGUGACUAGCAAGGACGAGAAUUCAACUACAAAGGAAAAGAAGUAUGCAUUCGACAAAGACGCAAAUAGGACUCAGGAUCCACUGACCAAGAUUCAAGAUACUCACCAAACAAACAAAAAGAAACUAGAAGCGAACAAGGAACAGGAUACCAUGAGCUCAAACACCAUAAUAGCCCAGAAGGUCUCAAAACCGUCUUAUUCAAAGGUUACAACAGCAGCAGGUUCGAUCCAAUGGAUUAACAAAGUAUAUGAUAUUUCGAAUCCUAGGUUUCUUGUGCGAAUUGUUUUAUUGAACAAGGUCAAGUAUCUGAGACAUUUUACUAUUCCCCAAAAGGUGCAUCCGCUGGACGGAGGCUAUGGAAAUGACGACGACGACGACGACGACGACGACGAGGAUAAUGAUGAUGACGAUGAUAAUGAUAGUGAUCCAGUUAAUAAUCAUCGUCAUAAUAAGAAUACCAAACUUGAUGGUGAUAAUGCAACCCAAGAUCAGCAUGUCAAAGCCAAAAUGGAGGAUAUGCAGAAUAUUCAUGGUGGUCUGAAAAUAAACACAGAUUCUACACCUGCUGAUUCUGUAGCCUCUCCAAAUUCAGUAAAUGGCCAAAGCAAAAUACCAGUUAGAAAGCGACACAAAAUAUAUAUUGAAAAUGAUUCAUCUGACCUGGAUAGUAUACAACGGCCUUCUACGUCACGCCAAAAAAAUAGUAAAGAUCCAAGUCCAGAGCAAGAACAAUCCCGUGCUUCAUCAAGUAGUCUGAAAGACGCUUCAAUUACAGCAAAGGCAAUGGCAGAGCUUGACGAGGAGAGGCGCCGUUUUGCUCGCUUCAGACAAGCCAAGAUGAAAGAAAUUGAAGAUAUCGAAAGAGCAAAUAAGGAGCUAGAAAAAAGAUUGAAGCAAAGAGAAAGCGAGUUGCGCGAUGAAAGUGAAAGAUACCGACAACAACAGCAGAGUGCAAAAGAGAUUAAUAUAACUGCACAAGGUUCGAACUUGAAUUAUGGCGAGAAACAAUUAUAUCACAAUUCAUAUAUUGACGUAUCAAAUACUCAGCCAAACCUCAACUUGAGCCUAUCUGAAAGUGAAACUUUGAAUAGCAAAUUGAAAGAUAGGAGAGGAUUUUGGCAGAACCAAGCCAAAAAUCUUGCUUCACAAUUUGGUACCCACAACCAAUCUAGACUUUCUGGUUUGGUAAAGGAUGCGGAAGUUAUUACCCGCGUUUGUUGUAUGGUUGAUGUUGUAUUGAUGCAAAUGGUUGCAUGCGAUUAUGACGAGCGAAGCAAGAUAGUUAUGCGUGUUUUACCAAGUGAGAGAUCGUGGAUGAAGCUUGAUACUGAUGUAAUUGAGUUUAUCACUCAGAUUACAGAGACAAUAGAAUAUUUAAAGCCCGUUACUAACACCAAGACCAACACCAACACCAACAAGAACAACAAGAACAACAACAAUUAUAAUCUACAUGAUGCUAAUAGUGCAUUAAUUUUGAAUUUCCUCAAGGUAAUUCGAUGUCUACUAUACCAGCUUAGAGCUUUACUAAGUAAACACAUUUGCAUGAUUCUUACAAGGGUCAUUGAUGAUUACAGAUUAAAGAUUGCUAAAUCUAAUAACGAUUAUGCAUUAUUGAAAAAGAUAAUUGAGCUACAAGUACAGGAACGGGAUUUGAAAACACUGCAAGCCGAACUAUUUGCUAAUGGACAGCCAACAUUCUUGAGCUCUACUAUAGAGUUUCAUUUUCCAAACACAUGGAGCAAAAGAAGCUUGGACAUAACUGAGGUGCUGAGAUGGGAGCGUGAACAGGCUUACAGUCAACAAAAUUUGAAAAAACUGCAUUUAAAACCAUUGUGCAAAGGACAAUGGGGUGAUGGCGGUUUAUUUUACUUGCCACUAGGACUAUAUUCGAGCUUAAGUGAGAUGAGUAGUCUCUUGUAUUUGAUUACCCGAGAAUUUAUAGAAAAAUGGAACCAAAUGAAUCUUGAGCGGGAGAGAUGGGUGCUAUAUAGGUUACAAUGCGGACCUCCAGAUUAG